UCGCUCGACUGCUGCAACGACGAGCAAUUCCGCUCCAUCUUCCUCAUCAUCUGCUACGCCGUCGUCAUCUUCAAGCUGUGCGUGGGGCCACCUCGUCGAUGGUAUAAUAGCCUCCAUCUGCUGACCUCGUUCUCCUGUAGAUGGCGCGUGUCGAUUCUCCACCCGUUCAAGAUUCUGACGGUGUUCCUGCACGAACUGGGCCAUGCUACAGCUGCGUGGCUCACCUGCGGCAGCGUACGACUCAUCCACCAAGCCUUGUUGCUGCUGAGUAAGAGAGAAACUUACUUAAGUAAUGUGGCUACAUGUUGCAAUGGUUGCAGGUUAAAGGGAUGGAGGUGCACCCGGACGAAGGCGGCGUGACCAAGACCGUCGGGGGGUUGCAGUGGGUCAUCCUUCCCGCUGGUUACUUGGGCUCGGCGGUCUGGGGCAUGGCGCUGACCAUCGCGAGUGCUGACAAAUUGGCGUCGGAGAUUGCGGCGGGCGUCCUCAUCUUCUUCCUCCUCAUCUUCAUCUUCUACGCGCACAACGGGUACCUGCGGAUCCUCAACUUCUGCUUCAUCCUGCUGCUGGCGGGCUUGCUGGCGCUGAACAUUUGGACGACCUUCGACGCGCUGCAGUACGUGACGCUCUUCCUCGGCGUCAUGAGCUGCCUCUUCUCCGUGUACGACAUCUGGGACGAUCUCAUUUCUCGCCGUGUGAACGAGAGCGACGCGUCGGUCUUUGCCAAGAUGACGCACACUUCGAGCCGCUGCUGGGGAGUUAUCUGGGGCCUCAUUGCGCUCAUCUCGCUCGUUGCAGCGGUGUAUUUCAACCUGCUUGUAGCCCAGGACACCGGCGACUCGAUCACGAACAUCUCCGACGCCUCCACCGGUACGAAGGUCGCCCUAGCUAUCGCUGUGGUUAUCGUGGCUCUUUCCGUGCUGCAUACCGGAUUCACGCGGAGGUGUAUGCUGCGGAAACGCGAGGGGUUCAGAGACUACUUCGCUGCGUAAGGCUAGGUAUAGUGAUGAUCUACUGAAUCUUCUACUUCUCGGUGCCUUCAUCAUCGAGUGCCGAGGGACUUCAUAGGACAAGUUAGAGGCGCUGUAGAUCAUGGAGCAAAUGAUAUUCUGCAUCGUUACCACUCUG